AUAAUGUAGGUUACGAUGAAAUUAACGAGGCAUGUGUGACGAUUACCGGACUAAUCACAACAGGUCUCAGAUCCGAAGGUCUGACGAAAAAGAAAGAAGUUACUCAUACCAUCAAACGCUGGUUGAGAUUGCGGUCAUUCAUUGAAGUUGCAUAUGGGGCUUCUGCUUAU